UUCCCCAACUAUGGAGCGCGGAGGGGGUCGAGGGAUCAGGUGUGCGUCGUUCUGGCGGUAGUUAUUUGGAGUAAAAUUAUAAUCGUUCGGCAUCAUCUGCCGUCUAACGUUAGACCGGGCGCGCGGAAUAUCCGCUUCCGUCACGAGACGGCGUCACGUAACGUAGACGAGAACCGCGACCGAACGUUCGACAAUAGGAGUGAAGAGGAGAGGAAAGGAACGAGCAUUACUUAGACCCGGCUUCCAUAACCGACCGAUUGACCGACCAUCAUCUCGAUCGAUUCGUGACGCUUGUCGCACACAUCCGCUCCACCAUGGAGGCCCUGAUACCUGUGAUAAACAAGCUUCAGGAUGUAUUCAACACCGUCGGCGCAACGGUGCUGCAACUGCCGCAGAUUGUCGUCCUGGGAACGCAGAGCUCAGGAAAGUCGUCUGUAAUAGAAAGUUUGGUGGGUCGCUCUUUUCUGCCACGAGGGACUGGUAUUGUCACACGACGUCCAUUAAUAUUACAACUUGUAUAUACACCGAAAGAUGAUCGAGAACACAGAAAUGCUGAAAAUGGCACUCUGGAUUUGGAGGAAUGGGGAAUGUUUCUUCACACGAAAAACAGGAUCUACAAAGAUUUUGAUGAUAUUCGCAUGGAGAUCGAAGCUGAAACUGAUAGAAUGGCUGGAGCAAACAAAGGGAUUUGUCCAGAACCAAUUAAUCUUAAAAUAUUUUCGACAUCUGUUGUUAAUCUGACACUUAUAGAUCUACCGGGUAUUACCAAAGUACCAGUAGGUGACCAGCCGGAAGAUAUUGAGGCUCAGAUACGGGAUCUCGUAUUAAAGUACAUAUGUAGUCCAAACUCUAUAAUUUUAGCAGUUGUCACUGCCAAUACUGAUAUGGCUACAAGUGAGAGUUUGAAACUAAGCAAAGAUGUCGAUCCUGAUGGCAGACGAACGUUGGCAGUUGUUACAAAAUUAGAUCUCAUGGAUGCUGGGACUGACGCUAUAGAGAUUCUGUGUGGCAGAGUAAUCCCAGUCAAAUUAGGUAUUAUAGGUGUGGUUAAUCGUUCGCAGCAAGAUAUAAUGAAUAAUAAAAGUAUUCAAGAAGCGCUAAAAGAUGAAGCCACAUUUUUGCAGCGUAAAUAUCCAACAUUGGCUAAUAGAAAUGGCACUCCUUACUUAGCAAAAACUCUUAAUCGUUUACUUAUGCAACAUAUCAGGGAUUGUUUACCAGAACUGAAGAACAGAGUGAAUACGAUGGUCGCGCAAUAUCAAACCCUGCUUAAUUCCUAUGGCGGAGACGUCGAAGACAAAAGCCAAACUUUGCUACAAAUUAUCACGAAGUUUGCAAACAGCUAUUGCGCUACGAUAGAGGGUACAGCGAGAAACAUAGAAACCACUGAACUGUGUGGCGGCGCUCGUAUUUGUUAUAUAUUUCACGAGACAUUUGGUAAAACGCUCGACUCGAUUAAUCCAUUAGCUGAUCUCAGUAAAGUGGAUAUAUUGACUGCUAUCCGCAAUGCAACUGGUCCGAGACCAGCUCUCUUCGUACCAGAAGUCUCCUUCGAACUAUUAGUUAAACGGCAAAUACGAAAAUUAGAGGAUCCUUCAUUACGGUGCGUAGAACUUGUGCAUGAAGAAAUGCAAAGUAUAAUACAGCAUUGUGGCACCGAGGUUCAACAGGAAAUGCUGCGUUUUCCUAAACUGCAUGAACGUAUCGUCGAUGUUGUUACACAAUUACUACGUCGACGACUCCCACCUACCAAUUCAAUGGUUGAGAACUUGGUUGCCAUAGAAUUGGCGUAUAUUAACACUAAGCAUCCUGAUUUUCACAAAGAUGCAGCGUUUGUGUCAUCUUUACUGAAAGACGCCGAUGUAGAUCACUUAAAACACAACAAACAAUUGACUUCAACAUCCAAUACUAUAAUUAGUAAUAAUACAAUCCCAAAAUCAAGAUGGAUAAAAAAUCAUGAUGAGACGAACUCUGUUUCUGAUCAGAUUAAGGAACAGCAAGGACAACAAAACCAUUGGUUGCUAAGUAAUUUACUACUCCAGGGAAGAUCGGAAUCAACUAGUUCCGCAGAUGGUUCUCCAAUCAGGAUACGUGAAAGUAGCAAUUCUCCACAUCCGAACCCAGAUAUAAAUCCAGCAAUCGAGUUACAAAAGGCAUCUCCGCAACAGAAACCAGUAAAUCUACUCCCUGCAGUGCCAAUACAGUCGUCUCGAAAACUUAGCGAUCGUGAACAACGGGAUUGUGAUAUUAUCGAAAGACUCAUAAGAUCAUACUUUUAUAUCGUACGAAAGUCCAUUCAGGAUAGUGUACCAAAGGCUGUUAUGCAUUUCCUAGUCAACUAUGUGAAAGAUAAUUUACAAAGCGAACUUGUUACACAUUUGUACAAAUCAGAUCAGGCUGAGGCCUUGUUAAUCGAAAGUGAACACAUCGCUGUUAGACGUAAAGAAACAGCGGAUAUGCUUAAGGCAUUGACUCAAGCAGGUCAUAUUAUUAGUGAAAUUAGAGAGACGCACAUGUGGUAAUCAAAUGCCUAAAUCUUCGUACCACCGGAUUCUAGUUAAAUAGUUAGGUAUUACAUCUCUGUGUUUUAAUGAACUGAGUUAAAGGAUGUACUUUACUAAUGUAUAUGAUGAAUUACUGUACAUAACUUGUCUUUCUCACCCAAGUAAGGUAUUGCAAUUGAAAGAAGCAAUGGUUCCAAUACAUUUCGUCACUUAAUUUUAUAGUAUGUGCAUGAAAUCGGCAUAACAUCGUAUGUAAAACGUACGUUGGUGCAAGUGAAUUAUUAUUCAAUUCACGAGACGUAAUUCAAGCUCGAUGUUUUACUCAUUGUUCUAUAGAUGUAUAUGCUGAUGACUUAUCAUUGUACGAAAAUUGAUUAACUUUUGAAUAACUGUUUUGUAUCAUGCAUUUUAUCACAAAAA